AUGGCGCCCAGUUUUGAUACACUGUCCGAGCAGGACCUCCACGAGGAAGAAGAGGAGGAGAUUGAUUUCUCCGAUCUCAAAGCGCAAUAUGAAGUGAAGGUCGAGGAGGGUUUGGACACAUUUAUCUGUAUCGAUGGCCUCCCAGUCGUCCCCGAGGACAGCCGACAGAAGCUCGUCAAGUUCCUUUUGAGAAAACUCAACUCCGUCGGCAACACCUCCGAAGAUGCCGUUUUCAUGCCCGUCAACGACAAGAAGAUGACCGAAGGUUUCGCUUUCGUCGAAUACGAGACCCCCGAGCAGGCCGUCGCUGCCGUCAAGCAACUCCACGGCGUUCCCCUCGAUAAGAAGCACACUCUGGCCGUGAACAAAUUGAUGGACAUUGAGCGCUAUGGUCGCGAAGGUCGCAUCGAUGAGGAGUACCAGGCCCCCGAGAUGGAGCCUUUCAAGGAGAAGGAGCACCUGCGCUCGUGGAUGGGAGAUGCCAACGCCCGUGAUCAGUUCGCCCUUUACCGCAACGACAAGGUUGGUGUCUUCUGGAACAACAAGUCCAACCCGCCAGAGAACGUCGUCGACCGCCUUAACUGGACCCAACUUUUCGUCCAAUGGUCCCCCAAGGGUACCUUCCUUGCCUCCGUCCACCCCCAGGGCGUUCAACUUUGGGGCGGUGCCUCCUUCUCCAAGCAAAAGCAGUUCCCUCACCCUUACGUUCAGUUGAUCGAGUUCUCCCCACUUGAGGGCUACUUGACGACGUGGUCCGCACGCCCCAUCCAGGUUGAAGAAGGCCACCCCCUACUGACCUACGAAGAGGACGGCAAGAACAUCAUUGUCUGGGAUAUUGAAACUGGCAAGCCUCUCCGUUCGUUUGUCUCGCACGACUUGGCCGCCCCCGCCGCCAUCGAGGGCGAUGUUGCCCCCAAGAAGAAGGUCCAGUGGCCCGCUUUCAAGUGGUCCGCCGACGAGAAGUACGUCGCUCGUAUGCUCCAGGGCCAGUCCAUCUCCAUCUACGAACUCCCCAACAUGAACCUCCUCGGCCGCACAUCUGUGAAGAUCGAGGGUGUUAUGGACUUUGAGUGGUCUCCUGCGACUGUCAGCCGCGAGGGUAUCAAGCAGUACGAACAAUUGCUGUGCUUCUGGACUCCUGAAAUCGGCAGCAACCCCGCUCGUGUCGGUAUGAUGAGCGUUCCUUCCAAGGAGGUUGUCCGUACUCGUAACCUGUUCAACGUCUCCGACGUCAAGUUGCACUGGCAAUCCCAGGGUGCCUACGUCUGUGUCAAGGUCGACCGUCACUCCAAGUCGAAGAAAUCCAUGGCUACUAACCUGGAGAUUUUCCGUGUUCGCGAGAAGGGUGUUCCCGUGGAGGUUGUCGAUAGUCUGAAGGAUACCGUUAUUAACUUCGCCUGGGAGCCUAAUGGAUCCCGUUUCGUCGCUAUCACCAACGGCGAGGCCGCAGCUGGUGCUGCCGUCCUCCCCAAGACAUCCGUCUCAUUCUUCGCCCCCGAGAAGAAGGGCCACCCCGGUGGUAACUUCAAGCUGGUGCGGACUAUCGAGAAGAAGACCAGCAACGGUAUCUACUGGUCCCCCAAGGGUCGUUUCGUUAUCGUCGCUACCGUCCACUCCCAGACCAACUUCGAUCUUGACUUCUGGGACAUGGACUUCGAGGGUGAGAAGGUUGAGGCCGAGAAGGACCUCGCCGCCAACCUUCAGCUCAUGAAGACCGUCGAGCACUACGGUGUCACCGACAUUGACUGGGACUCCACUGGUCGUUACGUCGUCUCCAGCGCCAGUGUCUGGACUCACUCCAUGGAGAACGGUUGGAACAUGCACACCUUCUCCGGUACCACCCUCUCAGAGAACCCCACCGAGAAGUUCAAGCAGUUCAGCUGGCGCCCGCGCCCCGCCACACUCCUCAGCAAGGAGGAGCAAAAGCAAGUGCGCAAGAACCUCCGCGAGUACUCAAAGGAGUUCGACGAGGAGGACAAGUACGCAGUCGACAUCGCCAACACCGCCGUUGUCGAGACCCGCAAACGCGUGCUCAACGAGUGGGUCGCCUGGCUCCGUCGCGAGAAGGAGCUCAUGUCCGAGGAGAAGGAAGCCUUCGGAUUCCCCGAGGAUGCCGACUCACCCAAGGCCGCUGUCGACGCUCCCGCAGUUGUCGAAGACCAGGGCGAGACCGUGGUCGAGGAGAUGGUGGAAGAGAUUAUCGAAGAGACCGAGGAGGUCAUUGCUUAA